CUGAACUCAAAGCAAAAAGACCAUUUCUCUUUUUUUAAUUUUUAUUUAAGAACUAUUCAAAGAGGACUGACCUGUUACGUAUUUAUUUUAUAUAAAGUAACCAAAUGGCCGCCGCCACAACCGAACUUGAUACAUCCCUAAAACAAGCUCUAAAUUUCCUACAUUCCACCAAUCCCCAAUCAGCCGAAGAAAUUCGCAAUUGUCUUGAUGAUAUCAUCAAACAACGUUAUGGCAGCUCCAAAAUGCUAGCCAAUACAAUUAGUCAAAAGCAUUUGGACGAAGAACCCCAAGCACCUGGGACCAUUGCUAUUCCAAUUGAGGUCGAAGACCUCACACUCACUCAAUCACCCAAAACAAUUACAGAUUCUCCAACAAAUACUUUAGCCGAAUCUGAUGAUAUGGGUGGGGCUUUGACAAUAUCCGAAGAAGUUGAAAAUCUCAAAGAAUUCGGUGAUUUGAAAUGUGUUGUUUGUGGCGAAAUGAUUGUCACAGCCACAAAUCGUUUGAUAGAAUGUUCCAAAUGUGGUUCGUUAUAUCAUCAAACAUGUCACAAGCCAAAUAUCACAGACGAAGAAGCCGACGAACAAGAAUUGUCUUGGAAUUGUAGUAGUUGUCAGAGUAGACAAGUUGUGACAAAGAUUCUACUCGACGAUCCAAUUCCCCUUGUCAAACCUAAAUCCUCAUCUGCGUCCUCUUCACGUUCAUCGUCGUCGUCGACUUCUUCAUCUCCAUAUUAUCGACAUGAGCAUUCCUCAUCUUCCUCCAGCAGACAUAAUAAAGGAAUUUCUUCCUCAUCCAAGAAGUCGAGUUCGUCACGGGAACCAACAACAGUUUCUGGCGGCGGAGUAUCGUCAUCAAAGUCUAGCACUUCGUCGACGGUUGUUACUCCGUCGAUAAAUGUGAUAAGCGCUGAUAAGACUGGUUAUUCGAGUAAGAAAUCGUCGCAUUCUAGUGGAAGUAGCAGCAGUAAGUCCAAGUCAAAGCAUCACGAGAGUGGCAGUAGUAGUGGCGGAAGCAGUAAAAGGAAAUCUAGUAAAUAAGUUACAAAUGUACAGAGCAAACAAUAAAGUUACACAUUUUUAUAAAAAUAAUAAAUUUAUUU